GAGUGCUAGCUCUUAUUCAUUUACUCAACCUCUCUCUUUCGGCUUAAUAAGAUAUUGUUCCUACAUCAUUAGAUGGCUUUCAAUUUUUGCCUUAAAGUUGGUCUUGCCCUUUUUACCUUUCUUAAUCUAUAUUCUUUCAAAGUUACAUCCCGUGACCUACAAGAACUAUCCAUGCAGGAAAGGCAUGAGAAAUGGAUAGUUCGUCAUGGUCGGGAAUACAAAGAUGAGAUAGAAAAAGAACGCCAUUUCAAAAUAUUUAAGGAAAACGUUGAGUUUAUCGAAUCAUUCAAUCAGAAUGGAACUCAACGUUAUAAGUUAGCCAUCAAUAAAUAUGCUGAUCUCACCACUGAGGACUUUCUGGCAUCAUAUACGGGGCUUGACACUUCAUUCCAGCAAAAAUCAAAUGCUACAACGUCCUUUAAAUAUGAUAGCCAGCUGACUGAUAUUCCUCUUAACAUGGACUGGAGAGAGAGUGGCAGUGUCACAGGAAUCAAGGAACAAGGUCAAUGUGGAUGUUGUUGGGCAUUUUCUGCUGUGGCAGCUAUAGAAGGAGCAUAUCAGAUUGCAAACAAUGAACUAAUCUCACUUUCGGAGCAAGAACUUCUAGAUUGCGCUACCCAGAAUAAUGGUUGUAAUGGUGGACUAAUGACACAAGCCUACGACUUCUUACUUCAAAAUGAUGGCGGCAUCACCACCGAGACUAAUUAUCCUUAUAAACAAAUUCAAAGCGUUUGCAGCACAGAACAAUUAUCCUCACCAGCAGUGAAAAUCAGUGGUUAUAAAGUAGUAGAACCUAGCGAGUCCGCGUUACUGCAAGCUGUAGCUAAUCAACCGAUAUCUGUUGGUAUUGCUGCUAAUAGGGAGUUUCAUUUGUAUGGAAGUGGAAUAUAUGAUGGGAGUUGUUACCCUAAGCUGAAUCAUGCAGUCACAGUGAUAGGUUAUGGAACAGAUGAAGAUGGUACAAAUUAUUGGCUAAUCAAGAACUCAUGGGGGACUACUUGGGGUGAGGAAGGAUACAUGAAAAUUGUUAGAGAUGUUGGUGAUGAAGAUGGCCAUUGUGGCAUUGCCAAGAUUGCUUCUUUCCCAACUGUUUGAAUUGUUUCGGACAAAGGCAGGCAUUCUAUAUAUUAUGUCGAAAAAAAUAGUGGGUUCCAAUAAUUUCAAUGUAAAUUAGCUUGUCUUAAAUUAUAUUGAUGAUUUAAUUAAAACUUAAAUAGCAAAGUUGAGAUUAAUUAAUGUAUUUCUUGCUUUCCACCUACCAUUACUUUUUCAGGAUGAUCGUUAUAAAGACAACUGCUUCUACUUAA